AUGAGGACAGCUGUGAUCUCACCCUACCCUGGAAUUGUCGACUGGACGUACGACGCCGCUAUCGUCCCGACAUACCAAAUGCUUGCGUAUUGGAUGAUGCGCUCCAUCUGGCUACUGAUCCUCGCCGUCGUGAACUGCACAUUGGCAGCGAACGCUAACACAUCCAAUCAGGCUGAGCCAGAACCUCUUGCGAAUGCCAGCUCGACACCACGGAGAUCUUCGCAGAACAUGUCGAUGUCGUUGCUCGAGGAUGAAACGUUAGCAAAUAUAGCUGGAGAGCAGAGGCACGAGCGCUACGAGUACACCGAACUACAAGGUCCAAAUCGUGUUCGUCUCUUCCAGCUUGAACCAACAGAAGAUGAAGACAGAACGAUAUCUGGCAGUCUUGUAGAAGCUGAUCUUGCUGAUGACGUGGACUACGAGCUCUUAUCGUACGUAGCGUCGGACGCCAAGGAUCUGGUGGAUAUCACGGUCAACCACAUGGCACAUUCCAUCACGCGAGACCUGCACUGGGCAUUGGUCAGGCUGCGGAAAGCGAACGAAUCAAGACCGUUAUGGAUCGACGUCAUCUGUCUCAAUCAAGCGGACGCUGAAGAAUGGAGUCGACAGGCCAGCAUGAGAAAACAGAUCAUCGAGUCAGCCGAAAGCGUUUUGAUUUGGCUCGGGGAAGCAGCCGACAAUAGUCACUUGGUGUUCGAACAUGUCAAGAAGUGGACUACAUAUCGAGACGAUUACCUCGCUGGCCGUAGAACAGAUAACGAUGCCUUUGGCGAAGCACACAUCAACCCUCCCUCUUACAAAGGAGAAACAUGGAACGCUUUACAGCAUCUUGCAAUGCGUCCCUGGUUCUUCCACGCUCAAGUCAUCAAGGAUCUGGCGUUUAGUCGAAAAGCCUACCUGCUGUGCGGCGACCACAUAGAGGAUUUCAAGAUGAUCGUUAAACCAAUGAGCUUCCAUAUUGGCAAUGGGUAUGAUCCUCUCAACGGAGUCCACGGACCGACCAGAUUGCACCUAUUGGACACAAUAGCCGAGCAGCAACGUAGGGUAUCUAUGAAGACACUUGUGCAAUACAUCAGCCUCUGCCAGGACGAAGACCCACGGGAUAAGGUCUUUGCUAUGUUGGACUUCUUUGCAGAGUCACCGAUUUCUGCCGACUACGCAUUGAGUGUAGAGGAAGUGUACACGAGGUUUACUCGAGCAGUUUUGGCGGAUGCAAAUCACAUACAGCUGCUCCAUUGGCUCGGGUCGCAUAGAAGCAUGGAGAGUCUACCGUCCUGGGUCCCGGACUACAGUAUUCAUCGGCCAGGGAGCAUCUUACCGCGAGUCAACAGAUUCACCUACACCGUGAGUGAGACCAGCGAGCUACUCAGACACGUCCUUCCCGACUUGCGGUUUGAAGGCGACAAGCUCAUCAUCCGCGGCGUACAUGUGGACACAAUCAAGACUGUAAGCGAAGAGAUGGGUGCGGAUCCUAACAAUGCUCCUGGCGAGCCUGGCUUCCUCGACAUCUUCUCUAAGUGGGAGUCCCUCGCCACAAAGCUCGAAGACAAGCGUUUCAGCGAAUCAAUCUCGAGUGCCUUUCUCAGAACUCUCAUCGCCUUCGAUAAUCAGCAUUACGGCGCAUCCGACAAAUACCUGUCUCCAGCUCACACCCUAUGGUACGAAAAGUUCGGCACCGGCCUCCUCAGCGCUUUCGACAAAGAUGCCUUCGAAGAAGCAGAAAAUAUACUGAACUCCUUGGGCGAUAAGUAUGAAGACUUCCGGAAAGACUCCGACAUCGAACACUUCACCCGCCACAUGAGCCAAACGAUCUAUAGCAGAACCUUGUUCAUCACGGACUCCGGCUCGAUGGGUCUAGCUCCUCCGCAAGCACGGCCUGGUGAUUCGAUUGUGUACUAUCCAGGAGGACUGUAUCCUUUUGUGUUGCGGCCGAGGGGUGGUGGGGAGUUUGAGAUGGUGGGGGAUUGUUAUUUGUAUGGGUUUGAUGAGUUUGCGUUUUCUGUGGAGCAGGUGGAGGGGUUUGGGGAGGUUGUGGUUGUUUGA